AUGGCAUCUAUAACAGCAAAGUACAAACUCUUCUUCUUCACACCCCUCCACGCCCUCGAACCCUGCAAAACCGCCAUCUUCGCCGCAGGUGCAGGUCGCUAUCCUGGAGGCAACUACACAGAAUGCUGCUGGACUGUCUCGGGUAAAGGUCAAUUUCGACCCCGAGAUACGGCGAAUCCGCAUAUAGGAAGUGUCGGUACAUUGGAACACACGGAGGAGGCUAGAGUGGAAGCUAUUUGCUUUGGUGAGGAUGUUGCUAGGGAGGCUGUUGCGGCGUUGAAGAGUGCUCAUCCAUAUGAGGAGCCUUCAUAUGGCGUUGUUAAGUUGGAGGAUUUCUGA